AUGCCCUCUACGUUUAAAUUUACGCCACUCUAUGGAGCGGAAAAUGAUGGGCCUGUAUGUUCCAUACUGCAAAUCGAUUCCAUCCAUAUCAUGUUAGACUGUGGGUGGGACGAGCGGCUCGAAACGGAUAUGUUAUCUCCUAUCAAAGACUACAUUCCUUUACUCAAUGCCGUUCUUAUCUCACACGCCGACUUUCUUCACUUAGGUGCAUUGCCUUAUGUAUAUUCCAGAUGGGAUUGUAAUGUCCCUAUUUUUAUCAACAAAGACGCGUUUCUACUCGCUCGAUUUUGUAUGGAAGAUGUAAUGGAAAACCGACUGCUUGGCGAAGAAGACUGCAUUUUCGGCAAAGAUGAUAUAAGCAAAGUGUGUGAAUGCUUUCGAACCGUGGUGUACAACCAACAGGAACGCAUUAUGUCGGAGACAGGAGAUGUAGUGUACAUCAACGCUCGAGAAGCAGGCCACAUGAUCGGUGGUUCGAUUUGGGAUAUCAUAACCGAAACGGACCAUCUCGUCUACUCCAUGAACAUCAAUCCCCAGCCAGACAACCAUCUCCGCGGAGCGAGUAGCGAUGUGUCCGGAAAUAUCUCCCUGCUCAUCACAGACGCCUGUGAGCACAUGACAGAGAAGAGUCGCUACAACUCUCAGCUCGAGAAGGCGAAAUUCGGUCACUUCAGCUAUUUGAUCACAGACACACUGCGCGAUAAACACGGAAGCGUGCUGAUUCCUGUGGAUUCGGUGGGCCGUUGUCUGGAAGUGAUCCUUCUGCUCGAGCGUGUGUGGAAGGAGAGCAACCUGGAGAACUACAAAGUGCUGUUUCUGAGCUCUCGGAGUUCGCAGACGGUCAACUACAUUCAGGGCAUCGCUUCCAAUCUAAACGAGCGAAUCCUCCAGCAGAGCGCCGAAGCAGAGCGCAAAGCCUUCGAUCUCCAAUUCGUCACGUGCGUCUCGAUCGUAGAGAACGUGCUGGAAAGCCAGGCUUCGAAAGUCGUCAUAGCCACGCUCCCUGGACUCGAAACUUCCUUCGCGCAGACGCUUCUCAAAAAAUGGUGCACACGCUCCGAGAAUUUGCUGCUGUUCGUGUGCUCGCCGCCCCCCGACACGCUGGGUUAUCGCAUUCUGAACAGUCCCGAGGAGAGCACGUUCGAGUUUAUCGUGAGAGAGAAGCGCGGAAUCGAUCGUAGAACCGACAGCGAAUCCCGCUGA